UGAGCCGUGCAAUAACUUGAUAUUAUAAUAUCCAACAUGCCUGCUAUACCGCCAGCUUCUUCUCCUCCGAAGUUCAAAUAUGGUGAAAGAGUGCAAUUUGAGAACCAGGAGUACACUAUAGCCUCUUUUGAUCCGGCAGCAGACGAAUACGCGAUCUUCUUGGUUAAGAAAGUUAAAAAAAAAGAUUUAGAAAGACCACCACUGGAAGACCAAAAGAAAGAGGGACAAAGAACGCAGUCGAAUAAUGCAAGCUCUUCGGGAUCGCAGAGUGGACAGAAAACUACUUAGGGGCGGUCCUUCAAAUGAUAGAAGCCCAUGUGGGCCUGGUUGGCUGUGGAUUUGCUAUCAAACAGAUAUGGCAUGAAUUUGUAGAACACGUAUCAUAAUACUUCUUAGAUAGAUAGGUACGUGUAUAUAGCUUUCAAUGCCUGUGUCCUAACA